GAUCGCACUCGUCGCCUCCGUAAACCCUGUCUCCAAUCCCUCCAUUACCCACUGGCUGCUCGAACCCGGCUCAGCAUCAUGCCUAGGGCGUGGAAUCUCGAUAAAGCUGCAUGGCUCUAUCCUUUCCGGGGCCUGUAUUAUUUUGCCUCGCAUCGCUUCCUGUGGCCUCUCUUCAAGACCCGGUUGAUCCCCAUUGUGUUGCUGUCAACCUUCAUCUACUUCCUGCUCUUCUUCUUCACCUACCUGCCGCAAGUGGCGUUCCUGGCCAUCUUUCAAGGCAAAGGGGCGUGGGUCAGCGGUGCCUUCCUGGUGCUGGGAGAAGGAGCCGCCGUUGUGGCCUUGCUCUUCGAAGCCUUCUUCGUCGAUGAAACGCUGGUGGACAUCUUCGACGCCGUCCUGGUGAACGAAGGCUAUGGGGAGUUGGUCACCACGUCGCGGGUGUUAUAUCCUCAAGGCGACGACGUCGUGCAGCGAUUGGGCAAACCAACUCACAGCGCCGUCUAUGCCCCGUUCUCGCUGCGACAGAUAAUAGAAUUCAUCGUCCUCUUACCGCUGAACUUUAUCCCGGUGGCGGGCACGCCAAUGUUCCUCGUGCUCACCGGGUAUCGAGCGGGCCCAUUCCAUCACUGGCGAUAUUUCCAGCUGCUGGACCUAUCAAAACCGCAGAGGAAGGAUCGGAUUCGUCGAAGACAGUUGCAGUACACCUCAUUUGGAACGGUGGCUUUGCUGCUUCAGCUGGUGCCUAUUCUUUCCAUGUUUUUCCUGAUGUCGACCGCGGUUGGCUCAGCUCUUUGGGCAGUGGACAUCGAGAACAAACGCGGUCUCCUCGUGGAAUCAGGUCCGGACCCAGUGGGGGACUUCCACGAUAAUGAGAGAUGAAUGACGCAAUGAUAAGAGAUGAUAUGAAUGAUCCCCCCCUUUUCUUUCCCCCCUGCUUUUUCUUUUCUUUUUCUUUUCGGGUUGAUUUUUUUUUUUUUUUCGAUUUCCCCUUCUACUCCGUAUACUUUAAUUAAUCCUUUGUGUCACAUUCUCUGACAAGAUCUCAUUUAUGAGGGGGCUGAACCGGGAAUAGAUGAUACAUAC